CACACUGUAAACAACCACUCCGUGAAGUAGCCCACUCAAACUACAUCAAGGCGAAACCAGCAUUUUUUUAAUCGCUGUCAAUCCAGUGUAGUCUAUACUCGUGCGACGGGGACAGCCCAGGUACAGACACAACAUAUCAAAGAGACACUGAAGCCGAAUGUGGAUUGCUGCUGUACUUUCAGUAUAGAUGACACACAGCGGAUAUAUAAGAUGAACCACCAUGUGACCUUGAUCGUCCUGUGACAUCACACCGACACUGAGACGGCGGGUGGGUGGAAGGACACACACGGAGGGACGCAGAGCAGAGCACAGAGAGGAGAGCACAGGAGAGGCUACAUACUUAAACAGCGCAGCUUUGCUCUGAGGAGGAUUCAAGCCCCUUGUAGAGGAUCUUGAUACCAUUUGGCUUUCUGCUAAUACAGUCAAAUAAUAAGAGACUGUUCUUCUUUGUCAUCCUGGUUUGUGUUGCAGUACACCAAAACACCAGCCUUUUACAACAAAGGGUUCCCAGCACCUUUUCAUUUGUUUACGCAAUAGGAUAAGAGUUCUCGUUCUCGCCUCCUUCUGAAACUAGCCUUGUGAAACCAGCCUAUUCUGUUCAUAGUAAGUGAAACGAAACGUGAGCGCAACGGUCAGUCUGCUCAACCAGGCUAUCAAGGACCCAUAAUAACAAUCCAUAACAAAAUGGAGACUCUGUCUCUCUCGCAGGACUCCAUCUUGGAGUGUCAGAUCUGUUUUAACUACUACAGCCCGCGGCGGAGGCCCAAGCUGCUGGACUGCAGACACACGUGCUGCUCCGUGUGCCUGACCCAGAUGAGGUCCAGCCAGAAAGAGAUCCGAUGCCCCUGGUGCCGCGGCGUCACCAAACUCCCCGCCGGCUUUUCCGUCUCCCAGCUCCCCGACGACCCCGACAUCAUCACCGUUAUCGCCAUUCCGCACGCCUCCGAGCACACGCCGGUCUUUAUCCGCCUGCCUAGCAACGGCUGCUACAUGCUGCCCAUGCCUGUCGCCAAGGAAAGGGCACUGUUACCCGGCGAACUGGGCUGCCGGUUCUUGCCAGGUGGCAGUGGGCAGCAGAAGGUGGAUGUGGCGGUGGUGGCUAUGCCUGAGUUGCAGCCCCUGGGUCUGGGGAUGAGUCUCGAAGGCCUGGAGGAGACAGAGAGAAGGGGAGUCGGGGGAGGUGGUGGUGGAGGGGGGAAGGGCUCCACGUGGUCCGGGGUGUGUACAGUGAUCCUGGUAGCCUGCGUCCUACUCUUUCUCCUGGGAAUCGUGCUCCACAACAUGUCCUGUAUCUCUAAACGCUUUACUGUCAUCUCCUGCGGCUGAAGGGAGGGGCCAGAAGGCAUGUCAAUUAACAUGCCCCUCCCACCCCCUACUGUGGCUCCACCCCUCCUCAGCCAGGACUAUGACGAGAAUAAGCGAUUUUACACAUAUCAGGGUUGGCCAAGGUAACUGCCGACAGACACACAGAGAGUGACAGGGAGAGAGAAAGAGAGGACAACCACGAACAAACUAGGGAAAGAAACUUGCCUCCAAUUGUUGACUUGGAGUUAUUCUGGAUACAAAUGCAAAUACUCUCUCCCUCUGAUUUGGGGUACCCUGUGGACCUAUGGACCUGGGGCCUAUGGUAAUUCACCAUGGCUGAUAUGUCCUGGUCUGUUUCUUUCUGUGGUCAGUAGAGUUACUUCAGUCAGUGAUCAUGUUGUUUAGCUAAGUGUCAGUACUGAGUACAUAUCUCCAGCUGGAGCUGCAAUAUACAGUGUUAGGACUUUUUGGCAGACCUGGGAUCAAAUACUUUAACAAUCUUUUCAAAAACUUUAAGGGAUUGCUUGAGUCCGUCUGGAGUGACAGGUGGGCAGGGUUUGGCGUUUUGGGACUUUUCUAUUGGUUUAUUAAGCAAGGAAAGUUUAAACAGGCACAGAUUUAUUUUACAUUGAUUUUUCAAGUAAUUGAAAUCCAGAUCUGCUUCUAGGCUGCUUUUGUCUUUGCUGCGAUUUAGCAGUGUAUACAUUAACUAUGUACAGUCCACCAAACCACCUUUGGCCAAGUGUUGUUCAUAAAGUGACUGAACAAUCAAUACUGGUGGUGGUGGUUCACUGUGGGCUGUGUCCAAAAUGGCACCCUAUUCCUCAUAUAGUGCUCUAUUUUGACCAGGGCCUAUAGGGCUCUGGUCAAACAUAGUGCACUUGAUAAACAAGUAUUUCGCUGCACCUUAGAUAACAUCUGCAAAUCUGUGUUUUUUAUUUGAUAUUGGGAAUAGGGUGCCAUUUGGGAAGCAAGCCUGUGUUUCUUAUUUUCUCAGAAUCACUCUAACGUUCUGAAAACAGUGUUUACUUACUGUUGCUCCAAUUUGUAAUGCCGUACUGUAUGUAUGUAUGUAUGUGUUGGUAUUUUGAUCAAUAAUGUGUUAAACACAAAAACAGGGAAAUAUGUGAUUGUGUGUUGUGCUAUAUACAUAUAAACCAGCCUAUAUUUGACAGAAAGCACACACUACAUGUAUUCAGUAGCCAGCCAGCCUAAAGUAAUAAUGAUUAAGUUACUGUUGAGUCUUACAAUUAUUUGCCUAACCCCAAUGCCCUUCACUGAGAACAGAUGGUCAUUGCUUUUAAUAUUGAACUCUCUCAAGUCUCUCUCAAGUCCCAAAUAGCAUCCUGUUCCCUAUAUAGUGCACUACUUUUGACCAGUCAAAAGUAGUGCACUAUAUAGGGAACGGAGUGCCAUUUAGGAAGCAUCCUAUGACGCUCACACACUCUAUCUCUACUAUCAAUCUCCCUUUAGGUUAAUAUUAUAGUUGAUGUUUGUAUGGGAGGUGUUGGUUCACAGUGAGGUGGAGUGUGGGUGCUGGGAGGGGUUAGGAGUGGGCGGGUGGGGAGUCCCAGUCUUAAUGCUAAUUGCAUUGAUUUCUGAACCGUUUUAAAUACUUUCUCUUCUAUGCCGGUGUUUCUCUUCUUCUCUAUGUGUUUCAAAUGGCAUACCAUUCCCUGUAUAGUGCACUACUUUCAACCGGGGCCGGUAGUGCCCUGGUCAAAGUAGUGCACUAUAUUGGGAAUAAGGUGCAAUGUGGGACACAUCCCAUGUCUUUGUUGUUGUUGCCAAAAUUAUUGUGAUCCAGUUUCUACUGUAUUAAAGCAAUUGAGUGUAAACACCAACAAACAAACAGGGUGAACAAUUUUGUAUAGCAGCCAUGUACAAAAUGAUUGUAUUUAUCCUAGUUGUCCUUCUUUCUAUUUGUGUUCUACAUGUUUACUUAUGUCUGUCUGUAAUAGUAGCCUGGUCUAGAAUCAACUCUUAUUGCAGCAGGUUAGAACCUUUGGUGGACAGUGUUUGGUAAAUAUGUGGUUGGACUGGUCUAGGAUCAGUGCUAAAGACAGUGGGUUAUUUAGGCACCUUGUUAGGUUUCCAAAAUUCCAGUAACUUUCCCAACAUUCCCCGCUUUUCCAGAAAUCCUGGUUGGAACCAAUCACAGCCAGAGAAAAGGGAGGAGGUUGUAGAAAUUAGAGACUUCAGUGGUUGUGGGGAUUGGCUGUUUAGCUCUUACCUAGGAAUAAUUGCACUGGGUUUUUAGGCUAGCUAUUAAACUGAGAUUGUGCCAUCUCACUUACUGACUGGCUUUUUAAGGAGUCCAAUAUGGAGUUACAUUAGUGCCAAACAUAGUAGCAGUCCAGGAGUUCUGUUUGAUGUUUAGAGGGGAGGGAUAGACAAAGUGUAUGUGCCAAUGGCACCCUAUUCCCUUUAAAGUGCACUACUUUUUGCCAGGGCCCCAAAGUGCACUAUAUAGGGAAUAGGGUGCAGUUUGGGAUGCAGAAAUAGAGGUCAUGCAGAGGUUCCAUCAUGGUGGCUCAAUAGCUGACAACUUUCUUUUUCACUUAUUGUAACAGACAUUUUGAGGUGGUGCAUAUGAGUCAGCAAAGGAGCAAUUGAUUGUCAGCUAUUGAUUAAUUGAUCUAAUGAUACAUAAGUCACCCUGAGUAUUGUUAUAUUAGACAAACACUGAAGAUGUAUUGAAAAUGCUGUAAAUGUAUGGUGACAAUAAACCAGACUAGUUCAGUUACAUUGUCUGUAGAUAGAUACCGCAGUAAACAGCAUAAACAGUACCCACUGGGCAUAAAGUAGUUGAAUCGAUGUUGUUUGAAUCAACGUGGAAAACUGAUUUGAUUUGGAAAAAAAGUCAUCAGCUUAAAGACAUUUUAGAUUUUUU